CCGCGGAAGGACGUGCCUGCGCCGCAGCCCAGCGCCGCUGUAACCGCGCCGGCCCCGCGACGAACGUGCUCUCGCGCGCCUCUUGGAUUACUAGUGUGUGUGCCUCAAGCAGUCAGUGCGAAGUGAAGUGUGUGUGUGUGAUUGAGUGAUGUGCCCGCCGACAUGUGACCUGUGCUAAGUGUUUCACUGCAGUUCCCACUGCGGCUUCGGCGACAGUAGUUUUCAGCCCGUUGUCGCGACAGAGAUAAAAGGAGAAAGACAAUGGCCACCGCCGCCGCGUUGUCGCGGGAGUCGCGGAAGAACAAGCUGCUCCUGGAGUACCCCUGCAGAGUGGAGGGCUGGCUCAACGUUUGUGAGUGCCAGCUGCAGACGGGUCCGCGGCCCGCCAGAGCCGUCCGCGAGGGCGGCGUCGGCGCGUGGGAGCCGCACUUCUGCGUGCUGCUCCAGGACGAGCAGACCCUCACGGCCUACCGCAGCGAGGAGCUCGCGGUCCUGCCCUGGACUCCCGUGGGACGCAGGGAGAAGUUUGUUGGCCGUCUUAGUGUUUGUUUGAACAGCAAGUUUUUGUAG